CUGUGAGAGGCAGCAAUGUGCCGCAAGACAUUCAGUCUGCAAAAUUCAAGAAAGACGAAGAAGACGCUUGUGGUUUGUUUUGAAUACGCACACUGCAAGCAAGUGAUGGAGUUUCCUGAAGAUGUCAACCAGCUCGAUCUUCUGAAUACACAUGGUCACCUGAUCCCCCGGGGGACCAGCAGCCUGUGGACCGAAAGCGAGGAAGAGGUGGAAGAGGAGGAGGGGGACCACAGUGACGAUUGGUAUAUUGAAAAAGAAGAAACUCUCAAAGACAAACCAAAGGUGCUCAUUAUGUGGGCAGCGGAAAACAAUCGCCUUUCAACAGUCCACAGGUUGUUAACUGCUGAUCCGUUGCUGGUGCACAGCACUGAUGAGGACGGAUACACUCCACUACAUCGUGCAGCCUACAGCGGCCAUGUUGCUGUGGUCUCUGCUUUAAUUGCUGCCGGGUCUAAGGUCAACCCUCGCACCAUCGACGGAUGGACGCCCCUUCACAGUGCCUGCCGCUGGAGCCGUGUCACAGUGGCGAGCUUUCUCCUACACCAUGGAGCCGAACUGAACGCCCAGACCAACGGUGGGCUCACACCACUACACCUGGCUGCCUCCAACACCACCCCUUUCAGGACAGAUUCUCCUCGCACUUUAGAGCUCCUCCUCUCUCAGCGACACCUGAAUCCAGGGCUCCGCAGCGGCAGUGGGGAGACAGCCAGUGAGGUGGCCCGCCGUACUGGCCCACAUCAUGUCCUGUUUGAGAUGGUACAAGACUGUGUCAAUGUGGUACCUUUCUCAUAAAUGAGAAACACAGGUGCAGAUGUUCUUACCCUCUUCUUGCCUUCUUGUCAGUACAAUAUAUAGCUGGUAAAAGUUUAUUUUGCAGAUGGGUUGGAUGACUUGUUGUUUUCUGUUAAUGCAUCAUAACAAGUGUAGUUAGUGUAUCUUUGGAAUAAUAUUCUCUUUGCAUCAUUGAUCUUGAAAGUAAAUGCACACUUGUUUCUCUCUUCAUAUUCACAAAAGUGAAUCUCACUGUGAGCAAGUAUUGUAGGUUGUCUAGGUAACUGACAAGCAGCCGCUGUGUGGUACAUGCUCGAAUGCUGAGUGUCGAUUUUCUGAACUUAUGUUUUAUAAAGUAUCUUUUUCAAUGGAGAA